ACAUAUUCGGUUACAAGUAAAUCGUUAUAUUUUAUCUCAGCAGUCAGUACAUUGUACUGUUAGAUGCGCAAAUAUAUUUUCAAUUUGAUGAUUUUUUUUUGACAGUUAAAAUAUUAUUUUGACAUCAAAUAGUGUAAUAAGAGUUAAUUGCAAAAUUAAAUACCUAGGUAACAAUAUUUUUAUAUUAAUAAUGUCAGACAAACGAAUUAAAUUAAGCGGCGCAGCAUACAAAAAGGCGGCAAAAGAAAAACUAGAAAAAACCGAUAAUUUGCUCAGAAAAAUUCCAAAACUUCAUUCAUAUUUUGCUGCUACAAAUCCAGAAAAAACGGAAUCGGAAUUAAAAAAAAAUAGUCCAAAAAAGAUAGAUAAAAUAGAAAGUUGUUUAGCUGUUGCUUAUGAAAUUCAAAGUAAUCAGAUUGAUGUUCAAAUUGACAAUAAAAACGCAGAAGAAGCGACUUCGACAAAUGAGCAACAGGUAAUAGAGUCUGAGUUCUAUAUAAUGAAAAAAAAAAAUAACAGUUAUCCAAAAGCAGUCUGGUAUAUAUUUGGAAACGAACUGUGUGAACGGUUUAGUUAUUAUGGACUUAAAGCUAUUUUGGUUUUAUUUUUUACAACUGUUCAAAAAUAUGACCGUGAUACAUCCACGGUUAUAAUUCAUAUGUUUAUUGUCUUUCAAUCCGUAUCAGCAUUGUUUGGAGCCAUCAUCGCAGAUUCAUACUGGGGAAAAUAUAGGACUAUCUUCAUCUUGUCUAUUGUACACGCAUUGGGAAAUAUCAUAGUGGCUAUUUCAUCACUUGUCACUUCAGUCAGUAUACAUUUUCAGAGAUUAUUUACUAUAAUUGGAUUAGUGUUAACAUCAAUCGGAGCAGGUGGUAUAAGACCAUGCGUCGCGGCUUUUGGUGGUGAACAAUUUGUGAUGCCAGAUCAAGAAGAUUGUCUGCAAAUGUACUUCUCAAUAUUUUACUUUACUGUCAAUUUAGGAUCAUUGUUAUCGACAUCAAUUACACCAGAGCUGAGAAAAUCAGUUCAGUGUUUUGGCAAAGAUUCAUGUUUUCCAUUAGCGUUUGGGGUGCCUGCUUUACUUAUGAUGAUCUCAAUAGUAUUCUUUGUAAGUGCCAAGGACAUGUAUACGAUCAUCAAACCCACGUUCAGUAUCAUUACAACUUCAAUUGGAUGCAUAUUUUACGCAUUGAAAAAAAAAAUAACCGCAUCUUCAAAUGAAGUGAAAAGGAAAGAUUGGUUGGAAUAUGCAGAUGAUAAAUACAAUGCACUUGAGAUAUCUGAUUUGCGAUCAGCAUUGGACGUUAUGUAUUUGUUAAUUCCAGUCCCAUUGUUUUACACACUUCUUGAUCAACAAAGUUCUCGUUGGAUUUUACAAGGAACACUAAUGAAUGGCAAAAUCGAUUUUUUAAAUUGGAUUAUAAAGCCUGAUCAAAUUCAUUUAAUUAACCCAUUGUUCGUUUUAAUAUUUAUACCAGUUUUUAAUGUCAUCUAUCCACUUUUGUAUAAAAUUGGUAUAACUACAGCUUUUCGAAAAAUCAUUCUUGGUGGAAUGUUUGCUGCAAUAUCAUUUGUAUGUGCUGCAUUUGUCCAAUACGCGAUAAUCGGCCAAACAUUUUCCAUGCCAUCGAUUGGAGGCCAAUUAAGAAUAUACAAUAGUUUUGAUUGCAAUGUAGCCAUAUCCGGUUCUUUGGUUGGAAACUUCAGUGUUGAAAAAUUAGAUGUACUCCAUAUUAAUUAUAAUUCAACUGCAUUAAAUGAAACUGACGUCUUAUUUAUAGACUUAGAUCCUUUGUGCAAAUUAAAAACGAAUACUUUGAAACAACAUGUUUUCAUCGACAAAGGAAUGGUUUCAUCAUAUUUGUUAACGUCUACAAAUAAUGUUGAUAUUGAAUUAAAACAUUUAAACGAAUUUAAAAAAUUAAAGAACGGAAAUUCAAAUCUUAGGAUUUUGCAUAAUAAUUUCUCCGUAAAAAACAUUACAUUAAGGGAUACUAAUAAUAAAUUGUCUGGAAUAAGUUUUAAAUUUUCAACGAACCAAGAUACAAAUUAUGAAUUACCUGUCGGAAUUUACGACAUAUAUUUGGAUAAUGAACCUAUUUUGCAAAAUGUUGAAUUUCUCCCUGUUAGUAUUAAUGACCUAUUAUUUCACCAUUACGUUAACCACACGAAUGCCAAGUUGAUCACUUUAGAAAAAGGUAAAUAUAUCCAUAUUCUAUGGCAAGUUCCACAAACGAUUUUAAUUUCAAUAGCUGAAGUAAUGUCUCUAAUUACAUUAAUGGAAUUCGCAUUUACCCAAGCUCCAUCGAGUAUGAAGUCAUUUCUUUCAGCAGCCAAUUUGUGUACCGUGGCAGUUGGAAAUUUACUUGUAGUUAUUAUUUCUAAAAUUGGACUGUUUGAAAAUCAAGGUCAUGAGUUCCUAUUUUAUGCAGUUUUAAUGGUUUUGGAUAUGAUACUUCUUAUUUUCAUGAGCACAAAAUACAAGUAUAAAUCUGUACACACGCAAUGAUUCUAUAGAAUAAAGAAUAAACAGCAGAUUUUUCGCUUAAUUUAGCAUCAUGAAAGACGUAGUUUUGCUGUAAUUGAGUAGUUCAAAAUACUAUUUAAACAAUAGUAUAAAUAAAUACAAAAAUAUAUUUUGUAAUAAU